AUGAGCGACCUUAGCCAGAGUGCGGCGUCGCUUGUCCAAGGGUGGUUUUCCAGCACGCUCUGUGGCUUCAACAUUGUCUUAUACUUCUUUUGCGUGCGUGUGCUGUUCAAGCGAUCUCCGGAUAUCAGCCCAAGGGCAAGAUGGGUGCUCGCCGUGUCGUCGACGGCACAAGUCAUGGUCUGCUUUGCAUCAUCUGCCAUCCUACUCGCCAUCAACAGGCACGGCUUCGUCACUUUGGGAGGCGGUCAGCGUGGAGAGGUGUACUUCUUCGUACCGAAUACCCCAUUUGAGGUCGCAGAGGAGUGUUUGUAUACCGUGAAUGAUUGGAUCGGUAGCGGCGUCUUGUUAUGGAGGGCCUAUAUCAUUACUAGCCGUGAUUGGAAGUUAUGUGCACCCUUAGCUAUCGUCUGGCUAGGCCUACUCGCUACCCUAAUCGGUUCUCUGCGCCAGUUGACGCACUUGCCGACCGGAAGUGUAGUCUUUGAUCCCGUACUUGGGAACUGGGUUCUUGCCUUCACCGUCAUCUCGCUCGCCUUGCAGUUAGGCGCCACGGGACUCGUUGCCUGGCGAAUUUGGGCAACCAUCAACUGGCGAGAUCGGCGCUCUUGGUCGCGCGAGUGGCACGCGCUGCGGAUCGUGGUUGAGAGUGGCGCGAUCUACGGGGUAUUGACUAUACUCUCGCUGGCCUUCUAUCUGGCAAGAACGAACAUCGGAGGCAUCAACGUCGGGAUCGUAACGCAAGUAAGCGCUACAUGUCCGUAUCUUAUCAUUCUUCGCGCGCAUGCCUACAGGGAGGAGGAGUCGAGGAAUCAUCGCGUGAAGGUGGAGAACAGCCGGUGGACGUGGGCCACUAGAGGUUCUUCGUCGGAAGAAUCGGGCAAUGGCGUUCCACUCUCGCCACAGGGCAUUAUCCCCCCACCCGAUAGCGCACGUACACAUUACACCGUUGAUGUGCAGUUGCCGCCGGGGAUCGGCAGGACGGCAUGA